AUGUCGUUGCUGUUCUCCGGGUUUUUGCCAGAUCCAGCGAGCCUCGCGAGAAUUUCAGACAGUAUCCUUGCCAGACUUGAGAAAUCUGCGGUCAAGGAGACCCAAACGUCCCAGUGGCUUCUCUCUUCACUCAGCCAGAGGCUCCGGUGCAUCAAUCAAGCACUCUCUAGACGUUCUAGGAAUGAGAGCGCUGACAGUGACUAUCUUCGGUUCCUCGAGGAGACGCUGAAGCUAUGUGAACAAUCACUAGCGGAGUUGAAUAACUUGACAAAGUCAUCGGUCCCCGUGGAUGGCGCUGCUGGCGAACCUGUCAGAAAUGCGAAACCCGAUGCGGGGGCGGGUGAGGCGAAUGCGAUGGAAGUUGGUACACAGCGGAUGAGGAACAUAACGCAGAAGCUACUUGACUAUACCAACACCCUGACACUGGCUUUACACUGGUUCGCUAUAGAGUGUGACGUAUCCCCGACGAUCAUCAGACAACUUCAAUCUCGACUCGAUGCAUCUUGCAAAUGGCUUUACGAUCGAGAAAUAUUGAAGCCAAUCAGACCGGUCUCUUCAAGUGCAAACCACGGAGUCACAUUUAGGCUUGAGGAGGCAGAAUGGAUGACCAGAACCUCAUUGCCUCCUCGGAGGACCUUUCAACUUGUGUGUCCACGAGCAAGUCUGCCCAAGGCAGAUAGCGCAGAAGGAAACCUCCAGUUUGUCUGCAGUUGCAACGCAGAUCAUAGCAGCUCAUUGCUCUACAAGGGUUCGAUCAGUUGCCACAACUAUAUGACUUUGCGCUCACAUGUGGCAGUCUUCAAAGAAAGACUGAUCCCCGUUGAGGAAACAGGAUCGGAUUCAGACCCAACUUGGGAGAUGCUCCUCCUAAAGCCAAAUGCUCUCGUCACAGUGCGCUUGUCAAACCUGCAGCCUACACAUUUUGCUCAGCUUGAAUCCCUGUCCAGUCGGUGGGCGGCACUGUUACUUAGAUCCGCUGAGAUCGACCGCAGCAGUGAGGUUUUAAAGGUGUCUGAAGACACGGUAUCAGUGCUGCGUGUGAAGGCGUAUAACUCCACGAUCUCUCUUAAUGUGAAGACAGCUGCUGUGCCAAAGCUAAGAACUCAGUCUGUCAAGUUCGUCUCUGGCGGAACUCCUCGCACGUACUUCAAUGUUCCUUGGAAGCUGGGUUAUUUACAGAUCUUCCAAUAUGCCUCAGUCUCAAAAGAGUUGUUGGAAGCCUCGGAAGACUCGCCGUGUACUUCGAUAUUUUUCGAUGAACCGCAUUUCUUCAUCUUUUUCAGCGAGCGGCAUCCAAUGUCUAAGACGGCAAAAACACAGCCUCUUGACAGGUUCAUGGUCCAGGGCAAAUCGCUGAACGUUGUCAUUACCGACGUUGACUGCAUCCAUGAAGGUCGUGCAACGACUCUCCAACGUUGUUCCGAAAUCCACUUCGAGUUCUGCGAUAAUAAAGAAGCCACAGUGUUUCUCCGCAAUAUCCAAAACAUGCAGAACAGAUUAUUGGAAAAAUCGCUCCAGAAGCCUCUUUGGGGAGAAACAGUUGUAUACCAACAUGCAUCUGAUAUCUUGCCAUCUGGCACCGCCAGGCUGCUAGGGGCACAUGCCAGCUUGGUGUACAAUCCGUCGGCGCCUAGGGCGAAGUACCGCCUCAUAGGGAUCCAGAAUGCAGAAACUUGGCCGGCGAGGAUUGAUCCCUCUCACUUCGUCUGGACAAUCUACCGCGCCGAUUCUGGACGAAUGGUGGUAAAUAGGCAGACAUGGGAGGAACUUGAAGAUAGCCCCAGGCCGCCAACAUCUCCGAGGCCAGUCCAUGGACCAGGGCCAGCGAUUUCCAGAAUAAAUGAAAUGUCGUCAGUGAAUUGGUUCGACGAGCUUGAAAAGGUAACUUUGGUGCUGAAAGCACCCAAAAAUCUGGCCGAAAAAGACACCCAGUAUAACCCGGUCAAGAUCGCCGUGAUAGACACCGGAUUCGACUCCAACCCUUCACACAAAGCGAGACGCCAGAUCAUUAAGUACAAGGACUUUGUGAUUGCGCCCAGGUCACCAGAUGGAAAGGGAAUCAAAGACAAGGCCAAUAUGGGGAACCCAGAUGAGCCUCUCGAUCCCAUGAAGGAUCUCACCGGUCAUGGGACGACUUCCGUCGAGCUCAUUCUCAAAGUCUACCGAGACGCAGCGUUGUAUGUCGCCCGAAUCUUCAAAUCAAACCAAGCAGACGAAGAGAUCGAGCCGUACCUGAUGGCUGAUGCAAUUGCUUGGGCUUCCAAGCACCAUGUCGACAUCAUCAGCAUUUCCGCCGGCUUCAAAAACGCACCGAAAGAGCUCUACGACGCGGUCGUCCGGGCCGCUACCAACAACGUUCUCAUCUUCGCGUCUGCGGCCAACUGGAGCUUUUCCAGCCCGGCGGCGUGGCCGGCGCGGAUACCCCAGGUCUUCGCCAUCUUCUCGACGGACGCGGGCUUCAAGAAUUCGCGGACGUACAACCCGCCGAGCAUCGCGAACGCGCACAACUUCGCCUUCCUAGGCGAGGACAUCCGCUCAUCUCCCGAGAAAGAGCCCGUCAACGGCACCUCGGCGUCAACUGCGAUUGCGGCCGGCUUUGCCGCGCGUAUCGUCGAUUUCGCCCGGCAGCCGGGGUGCCGUGGGGCAUUUGAGGACGUCGUCCAGCCGCGGUCGCACAUGGGCAUGACGGCCAUCUUCAAGGCGCUGGCGAACAUGGAUAGUGAGUACGAGUGCAUCCGUCCACUGAGGCUUCUUGAUCAAGCGAGAAAGAGAAACGAUCCGGACGAUAGGGCCCAGAACAGGGCCCGGGUACUUGAAUAUCUUGUCGGCAUCAUGGAAGGGGCUCUGGGAGCGGGAUGA